AUUUUAUCCAUUCAGUUAUCAAUAAUAUCACAGUUGCAAGCAAAAUUCUAAGUUGGCAAACUAAAUCUUUAGCUGGCUCAGAGAUAAAUACUUAGCUUGAAGCUACAUAGUUAACUUAAUAUUUAGCGGACUUACUAAAUAUUUCUGCUUAUUUAGUUCAAUAAAUAUUUAGAUUUAGUCAGGAGCUAAGUGUUGAAAUAUGAGCAGAAUAUUUAGUUAUUAAUCUAAAUCUUUAUCUGGUGAGAAAUGGGCCGAACCCUCCGGUUUGUACAAAGUUGCUGAUUAGAUUCCACAUGUUGACGCCUGCUGCAGCAGGCAGUCAGGCCGAGCUGUGAUUGGCUGAGCUGCCCGUCGGUUCAGCCAACCAGAGCAGAGGGCGGGGCCAGCAGAGUGAACAUCUGGGCGCUCCUCCUCCUCUUCCUCAGCUUCAUCUCCGCGGCUUCGCUCCUCUCUGCUGACGGGAAGCAGCUCCGCCGCUUAACUUCCGGGAGUCUCGGCGGGAUGUCCGCGAGCUGCGACCCGCGCGCCGCCUGAGCUCACCUGGAGCGCGAGGCAGCUGAGGGCGCGCGCAGGACGAGCCAUGAGGCGGCGGGAAGCGGCGGGGGGCGCGCUGGUGGGCUGGAAGCUGCUGCUGCUGGUCAGCGUGAGCCGCUGUAAGGAGCUGGACGGCGCCGCCAGGACGCGCCACGCUCCCAUGUCUCCCUCCGACUUCCUGGACAAACUGAUGGGAAGAACGUCGGGAUACGACGCUCGGAUCCGACCGAACUUUAAAGGUCCUCCGGUCAACGUCUCCUGCAACAUCUUCAUCAACAGCUUCGGCUCCAUCGCUGAGACCACCAUGGACUACCGGGUGAACAUCUUCCUGCGGCAGCAGUGGAACGACCCGCGGCUGGCGUACGCCGAGUACCCUGACGACUCUCUGGACCUGGACCCGUCCAUGCUGGACUCCAUCUGGAAACCGGACCUGUUCUUCGCCAACGAGAAGGGAGCGCACUUCCACGAGGUCACCACCGACAACAAGCUGCUGCGCAUCUUCAAGAACGGCAACGUGCUCUACUCCAUACGACUGACAUUGACACUGUCGUGUCCCAUGGACCUGAAGAACUUCCCCAUGGACGUCCAGACCUGCAUCAUGCAGCUGGAGAGCUUCGGCUACACCAUGAACGACCUGAUCUUCGAAUGGCAGGAAAAUGGGCCGGUCCAGGUGGCGGAAGGCCUCACGCUGCCGCAGUUCAUUCUGAAGGACGAGUCGGACCUCAGAUACUGCACCAAGCACUACAACACCGGUAAGUUCACCUGCAUUGAGGUCCGGUUCCACCUGGAGCGGCAGAUGGGUUACUACCUGAUCCAGAUGUACAUCCCGUCCCUUCUCAUCGUCAUCCUGUCCUGGGUCUCCUUCUGGAUCAACAUGGACGCCGCGCCGGCCCGCGUAGCGCUCGGCAUCACCACCGUGCUCACCAUGACGACGCAGAGCUCCGGCUCCAGAACCUCGCUGCCCAAGGUGUCCUACGUAAAGGCCAUUGACAUCUGGAUGGCCGUGUGUCUCCUCUUCGUCUUCUCUGCGCUGCUGGAAUACGCCGCCGUAAACUUCGUGUCGAGGCAACACAAGGAGCUGCUGCGCUUCCGGCGCCAACACAAGAGCAAGACCAAGGAAGUGGAGAUCCAGGAGAGCCGGCCGGUGUCCACGGCCGCGGUGACCUCCACUCCCAGCAGCACCAAGGACACCAAGGUCAACGCCAACAACGCCGUGGGAGCUGUCAGCAUCUCCCAGAAUGCACCUGGAGGAGGAAGGAGCACGGAGGAGAUGAGGAAGCUGUUCAUCGACCGGGCCAAGAAGAUCGACACGGUGUCGAGAGCCGGGUUCCCUCUGGCCUUCCUCUUCUUCAACAUCUUCUACUGGGUCCUCUACAAGAUCCUGAGACACGAAGACGUCCACAAGCCCUGAGGACGAGUCCUCAGAGGACGCCGUGUCUUCAGAGGACGGCGUGUCCUCAGAGGACGCCGUGUCCUCAGAAGACAGCGUGUCCUCAGAGGACGCGUGGUCUUCAGAGGACGCCGUGUCUUCAGAGGACGCCGUGUCCUUCUGUUCAUUUAUUUUAACGUUUUUAAUCGUCUGACUUAACGUCCAAACUCAGGAAGUGACGCUGAUGAUCCACAGGAAGUUUUGAAGACGAGCCAAGAUGGAGUCCGGGACGGAUGCAGCGUCUCCCCGGUCCUGUCCAAAUCUGUGAUGGACCUCCAGAACCUCCAGGACCGCUUCACGGGUUCUGGUCCGGAUUCUUCCUCCUCUGUCGUCACCGGUUCAGUUCUGUCCCAAAACUUUUGCACGUUUCUCUCUGUGUCGCCAUCUUUGUUUCUCCUCCUUUGUGUCAAAGCUGAGCCUGAAGGAGGCGCUCACUCCAGAACCAGAACCAGAACCUGGUCCUCAUCGGGUUUUCACUGCCGUCUUAAACCUUCAUUUAUUUUAUUGUUUUGCAAAUGAUGGAAAAAUUUUCUGUUAUUAAAGUUUUAAUUAUUUUUGACUUUUUAACUUAA